AUGGCCGCUGGGGCUGAAAGUUCGGUUGUUCGCAUCUUUACCGGCAGUAUGGGGUCAAAAGCGCGUACAGCCCUUAUGCAUUUCCUCAGCAGCGAUUCAUCGAUGGAUGAACGCUUGAAACAUGGAGCAGAGCUCAGUGAAUAUCUUGAAAACUUUCCUGCGGAAGAUGAACUAAAGGAGUUCGUGCCCACCAUCUUUGAAUAUUUAAAGAAGUUUUUACUUGAAUCAGAGGUGCAAUUUAUAAAAGAAUCUCCUCUUAAUCGCUUACGAUGCAUGUCUCUUGAAAUUCUGCACAAGAUCAGAAAUGCAGAUUAUUUCAGGACGCAUGUUUCGACAGUUCUAAGUCUCUUGUUCCACGUUAUCGAGUUUGAAAAUGAAGAGAACGUCCUUCUUUGUAUUAAACUUAUAAUGGAUCUUCAUAAGCUCUAUCGUCCUCAUUUUUCACCUGAAGUAAGAGUCUUGAAUUCGUUACUCUCUAUAGAUCAGAUAUACGAAGUUAACAGUAUUAAUGACUUGAAGCUUGAAUCUAUCUUGCCUGGAGUGUUUACGUCUACCAUUGUGCACGCAAAGGACUCUACUUCAGAUUCAACGGUUUCAGUCUAUCACAUCCUCCCGAAGGCCUGUUUCUCUCUGAAAGUGAUGCAGGAAAUCCCUAUUCUUGUCGUUUUGCUGUAUCAGCUUUUUAAACAGCAAAUCCACAGUCACGUAACUGAGUUCAUUCCUGUCAUCAUGGAGUUCAUUAACAUGAGGCCCCUUCCGGAGUACACGCAAGAUCAAGGUUGCAAGAAGAGCAAGUAUCUUGACUUUAUGGCCGCCCAGGUGAAGACGCUUUCUUUUUUAGCCUACGUUAUUAAGAUAUAUCAAGAGACUAUUGAUCAGCAUUCAGCAGCACUGGUAAAAGGCAUGAUGAACCUUAUGGUUACAUGUCCGCCGUCAAUCACAAAUAUGCGUAAAGAAUUUUUCAUUGCUACUCGUCACAUUUUAAGCGCACAGGAAAUUCGUCCGAAGUUCCUUCAAGCACUUGACGACAUGAUGGAGGAUAGUGUUUUGAUUGGAAAAGGUUAUACUGUGCGAGACUCUCUAAGACCGCUUUCUUACAGCACAUUGGCGGAUUUGAUACAUCAUCUUCGUGGUGAACUUACGCUUUCAAAAAUAGCUCGAGCAGUCGAUCUGUACGGAAGGAAUAUGUUUGAUGACUCACUACCAUUUUCGAUUCAACAGAUGAGUCAACGCCUGAUUUUCAAUCUUGCUGAGUGCAUUCGUCUACGAACGGCCGAUUCGCCUCCCGCAGAUUCGUCAAAGCCGCCCAUGAACGCCGCAAGUGCUCGACGUGUUUUGCUUCAGAUAAUGACCCUUUGCGUGCUCAAAUGCCAAAUUGUGGCCGAACAUUAUAUUCCUGAAUUGGAGGCGAAGUGUUUGACAGAGGAUGCUGAAGGCUCUCCCGAAAAUAAGGCAUCAACAACAGACGAGGGAGAAACAGAGAAUGUCGCCGCCAGUUCGGGUGGUAAGCAAGAUACAGUAAGUUUUUCCGCUUCUAGUUCUUUUUACUUUGCACCCAACCAUCUCCGUCAUCCAUCCGUUCAUUUUUUUCAGUCCAUGUAUUCUGAAACGUUCACACAAGGCCAUCUGAGUAUCAAUGACCUGAGGUCUUCAGUUAAGGCUUUGGUCUCAGGCAUGCGGGCUGUCAUCACGGCUUUGACUCAGUGCCCACAUUGGAACGGUUCUGAGGAUGAAACGUACCUCAUGGGAGGACCUCAAGCCUCCGCACUACCAUCUCCCAAACAGCUUCUACCUACUGAAUUGAUUGUUUUGUCCGAUUACCUCACCUAUGGGCUUCGAAUGCUUGAUAUUUUGCGAAUCGUCUCAAAGGACGGUCAAUUCUACCUUCGUGGGUAUGUAUCUCUUCUUCUGCAGUUGGGGUCUUUUCCCAACUCGGGAGCAAAGUAUCCGGAGGAGCGUUACCUUUUGGAGACUUUAGCGUUGACCUUUUCACCCAUCAGUUCUUCGUCAUUUCGGGAGAUAUUUUCAACAAAGAUUGGCUACAUCGUUGAGUGGUGUCGCAAAAGCCCCAUUUUCUACGCACACUUCGCUUUCCACAUCCUGUCUCAAUCAAGUCAAACCUCAAACUUCGGUCAUAUUCUACUCUCGUAUCUCGUUGACCGGCUUGAUAAAAUCGGGGAGGGCACUGACGUAUCCUUCACCCAUAUGCGUCUGCUGAAGUUCUGCUUCAACUCGGUCAACAUGACUGGCACUGAAAAUGAGCACGUUAUGAAGUUGCAUCUUCGAAAGAUAGUGCAGGGAAGUAUGCAGCACUGCUUGGAAGCUCGAGAGCCAAUAGCCUAUCUGACCCUGCUACGCGCCCUUUUCCGUUCCAUUGGUGGAGGCGCUCAUGACAAGCUGUACCGUGAAUUCUUUCCUCUCUUGCCCGAGAUGCUGACCACCCUGAACCGACUCUUGCGCUCUGCACAUCGCACCCAUGCUCGCGAUUUGUUGGGCGAACUUUGUGUCAUUGUGCCAGUUCGCCUCUCCACCCUCUUGCCUUACCUUUCGCUUCUCAUGGAACCUCUUACUUACGUACUCAACUGUAAUACUGUCAACCAGGGUCUUCGUACAUUAGAGCUCUGCGUGGAUAACAUGCAACCUGAUUUUCUCUACCAGCAUCUCUAUCAAGUUCGCGGUGAUAUGCUGCUUGGUCUUUACACCUCUUUGCACUCCCAAAGUGAAUACGUUCAAAAGAUGGCUUUUAAAGUUCUGGGAAAAAUGGGUCGCUUUAACAGAGCCGACAUAUCGGACGUUCAGCGCCUCAACUUGAAUGUAAAUUGUGGAGAAAGUGGUCCGCUGCUUCGAUUUUGGCUCCGUGAAUUCCCUCAGCAUCCUGUUGAUCUCCCUAUUCGCAGUUUAGUUGAUUUUGCCGUAGAAACUAUUCAGGUAGGCUCUGAUUCAACUUCCACUCGGACCUUUCUUGCUGACUUAUUAAGUAUUUAUCAUCUUGUGAUGGUGCGAGUUGUCGGCGGAAUCUUUUUAUCCACAUCAGUGGCUCCCAGCAUACCGGACUGUGGGACCUUUGUAACCUUCCUCGUCCGCCAUUUGACUCUUAUUAGCCUCCUUGAAGAAGGGAACGUCAACUCCCCAUUUGCAGUCAGCUCCUCCAGUGCUCCCGUCUGUAGUCGAAUUUCUCAAUUAAUUUCAUCCUUUAUCUGCGAUGCUGAACUCCCACUCGAUUCAAGAGUUUUGGUCGAAGCUGUGUGCUUUGUCAUGGGUCAUGAGGACAAGGAGAUGGUUCGGAGUGGGUAUGUGCUCUUGGACGAAAUCAUUAACACUGCCACCAUUGCGAUUGAAGUCGCUCUAUCCGAAGAUGACUCCCUUCAGACUGGCGCGGGUGAUGUACUUGUGCGUCUUCCUUUGAUGCAACACUUCGCGAAGGCCAUCACGGACAUGCUCUUCCAUCCUGCUUGGUUUGUCAAGUGGGGUGCAUGUUGCAUUCUACUGUAUCUUCGAGAUCGUUUGUCAGUAAAUUGGUUCAGAGAGCAUGUGGUUGCUUUCCUCCGUGGUCUGUUGCAUUGUCUUCACGAUCUGACGAAUCAAAUGGGUCAGGGUGCUCUUGCUCUCGCUCAGCAAUGUUCCACCGCCUUGGUACAGUUUGUUUUCUCCCACGAGACAUCUAAUCUCCCAACUGAAUCGACGCCGCCACUGUCAACGACAACCAAGGCGGAGUCACCCGCUCAGAGCCGAGAACACGGUAAGCGGACGGUGGUUGCCCGCAGAAGGUCCGCGGCUGCAAGUAAGCGUGGUAAUGUGGCGAAAAAACGGUCAAUAACAUCGAGAAAAGAUGCGGAUUUGCAAGCACACGAUUCAACAGAAGAUGUGGAGAUGAAUGAGGCUACAAAUCCAAUGUCUUCCUUAUCGUCCGAAGUUACUUCACAAACACCACUGAUGAACUCUGUCCUUCAUGAACUUGUGGAGGCACUUCUGAGUGAGACCAAGGUUGUACGAGCUCAAGUGCGCUCUCUCCUAUCAAACAUUGCUGAUUGUCUCUCCAUACCUCUCAGCAGUUUACUAAAACCGCACAUCCAUCUCAUAGGCAGUUGGUUGCCACCAAAAAAUAGGUUCCAUCGACUUUCCAACCUACCAGUGUCCACGCAAAUUGCAGUCUUGGAGGCAAACUACUUCCUUUGCAGCGAUGCACCUUCGGGUGCUGGAUUGUUACAAUAUUGUCCAACAACUCGUCGUUGUGAUAAUCGUUUCCUUAUGGAUCUUCGGGGAAUCAUGGACUCUCCUCUCCCCACAUCCUCUCUAUCGCCAAUUCAACCAGCAAGCAAUAGGAGUCCCCCAUCCCAACAGCCCAUCUUUUCAUCCCUGCAGCUGCAGAUGGCGGUCGAUCUGAAGAUUGUGGCCUCUCAGGUUCUCUCUACGAUGCACUACCUCGAAGCUCAGAAGUCUGCUAUUCUUGCGGCUCUAUUUAAAGGCAUGUGCUCAGAUUCGGCCGCUGUUCACAAAUCUGUAUUUGAGUACACUAAGGAAUACGUGAGACGUACAACAAUUGACACGGAGCUACGUCACACCUACGUAAAACCCAUCCUCCCAAGCCUCCGUCAGACAACCAACAUUCGCUUGGCAACUGUACGCCAGUUGGCAUACUGUGCUGAGCUCUUCCCUAGCACUUUUAGCGAACGGUUCUGUGAAACAAUUCAAUCCUGUUCAAUUCAAAUGCUUGUACUUGUAAAGGGAAUUCAGAACAGUUUGGUGAGCGUAAACAACGCGGACAUGCUCCCCAAAUCGGUUGAAUUAAUGGCGGCUCUGAUCAGUUUGUUUCCUUUAAUCCCGUUGGCUGGAGAAAAGUAUGUGAAAUCUCUCCUAAACAUUGUGAUCCAAGUGGAGCAAUCGCUUAAUGUGGAACUGACUAGUUCUCUGCGUCUGCCACUUCUUCGGUUUCUUGUGCGUUUUCCUGAGGAGACUUUCCGUCAAAUUUUUCACGGAUUCUCUCGUCCCCAUGACAGUCAUGCACAUCGAAUCAUCUUGCACCUGAUGACAUUGCCCGAGAGCAAACCCUUAGUGGACUAUUUGAUGGCCAAUAUUUCACUUCUAACAGACCUUCUGAAACUGAAAGAGGAGCCAGAAACUGUCUAUGAAAACACCUCUCUUCGUUUGCCACGAACGGACGGACCAUUGGCACAGGCGUCAACUUCGUAUCUGGCGCUGCGUCUUCUUCACGUCUUGCUUAAGCAACGUUCUGAUUGGCUCAAAUCGAUUCUCUUGUCGUCCUUCUCUGGCGAAAGUCUGCUGACCUCCAAUCAAUCACCACUGCUACGAGUUCUUCUUGAUUUAUGGGGCUCAGCUGAAUUUAAGAGGCGACAUUCUUGUCUUACACUUGUUCAACUUCAACAAACCCACCCUAAUGUUGAUCUUGACCUUCUGUUAGAGGAUCCUAGUGGUGGGGUCAGAAAAAUUAUUACCGCCAAUCCCUCAUUGUCCUCCACCUGCUCUCCCACUGAAACCACGGAGGUCCAAUCGCUGUCUGGAGUUAGGGUCUCUGUUGGACUAACAAAUUUCUUGUACUCCGACGAGCCCCUCUUGUUGCUUGAUUUCAUGCUUGCCUGCUCGGAAGCUCGUCCAAAUGACUAUGAUCUCCUUUUUUAUAUCGUUGCUGGAAUGUCUCGGCAUCGGUGUGUGGGAUACAAUCCUCUCCCGCAUUACCUACAACGUCUUGUCCGUGACUCUACAGUGGCUUGGAGUCGUGCAAUAUUCCUUCACUUUAUCCAGUUAGUGCGACGGCGUGUGGAGGCCAAGACAGGGACCGCCAUCGGUGGUUCUAUGAAGGCGGGAAGCAAAAAGAAACAAUCGUUGACAGAGAGCAUACUGACUGAUUCCGAUACGACCAUGUCCGUGGAGCAGUACCUUGGCACACCUGAGGCACAAUUCAAGUUGAUUUCACAACUCAUUCUGCCCUGCUUACAGCAGGCUUUUGAAAAGAACCCAGCAGAGCUAGUCGCAUUGGGUCAGCCGCCUAGGCCAGACGAACCAAAUGACAACGAUCUGGUGCAUCUGUUUGUGAAUCUGCUUCUGAAUGACGAGGCCAAUAAAACAUGCACGGGUCUGCGAAUUAUGUACUGCCAAAUUGCCUGUCACUUUGUCUACUACGCUUCCGAAUACGUUCAAGACAUUUCAACCAAGUGA